CGAAUUCAAAAAAGUAAUACAAAAUAAAAUCAUAUGGUUUAAUUAUUGCUUUUUCUGAAUUUUCAAUUGGGACACGACCUUUUCCCAUUAGCAGUGCAUGUGAGGUCAGUGAAGGAGUGACAUAGAGAGUGUGUGAAAUGGAGCCUAUUCUGAAAGUCGUCUCCACGUUCUCCUUUGCACUAAUUGUGGGGUGUGCUGUGUCUGUUUCUGUGUUCCACUAUUCUCAUAUUCCACAAAAUCAGCUUUUUCGUAUGAAGUUCUGAACCUUCCGUUUCUUGCCCAUGGCCAACUGUACAUGAAAUUUUCGAACACCCUCUCUUCAGAUAUCGCUGAAGGUUGCAUUUUUAGGUCAUUGGUGAUUUUUGGAGAUCUGGGUAUGCUGUAUUUUGCUCUCUCAAGUGGGUUAGACCAGUGACCAACCUGGGUCAUAAUGUUGGAAGAUGCUCCUUGAUUUGCGAAAAGGGUGCUGUGUCGAGUUUGUUUCUGGAAAGCAUAGGAAUUUGGAGUGAUGGUGGUUUGAGAAAGUAUCAGAGGAAUGGUGAUGGAAGUGUUUAACUAGUACAUUUUGCUUUUGAGGCAAGAUUUGUGCAGUGAUGGCUUCAACCAACCCUUCUCCAAAUGCUUCCCCUGUUGCAGUGCCUCCUGUUCUUGGUGGUAUUUUAUCACCACCACCUUCUUCAUCUUCUCCAACCAAUUCCUCCAACCCCCCAUCAUCUCUCAAUUCUUCCCAGCCCAAUCAAACACCCAAUUCCCCUGCUCCUUCAUCUCCCUCUGACCCUUCAGCUCCACCUCCUUCACCUCCUCAGGCAGUGCCUGUAACCCCUCCUCCUUCCAUUUCACUCUCUCCUCCACCAUCUUCUCCACCACCACCAACUCUGCCCCCUCCUUCACCACCAGAUUCUCCACCGCCAUUACCACCAGCAUCUCCAACGCCACCAGUUGUAACAUCUCCCCCCUCACCACCAGCCACCACCACUGCCCCUCCUCCAGCUGAGCUUCCACCUUCCCCUCCAGUUUUGUCUCCACCAUCUUCACCAACUGUUUCCCCUCCUCCCCAAUCUCCUCCCGCUACAAUUCCCCCUCCUUCUCAACCAAUUUCACCAUCUCCUCCUCCUCCUGCCAAUGUUCCAAGGCCACCAUCCACUGGUACUCCUCCACAGAAAGAAAGUCCUCCCAAAACUACUCCUUCACAUGCACCUCCUCCAUCAGUUUCUCAAUCUCCUCCUAAGCCUCCUUCUUCUGAUGUUCCCCCUCCAUCCACAUUGCCAUCAACUCCUUCAGUCCCUUCAGGAUCUUCACCUCCAGCUUCUUUGCCUGACCCCCCAACCAAUGAAACCGCCGUUGGGGGUCCACCGGUACCACUGCCGUCUCUUCCAACUGAGAAACCCACUGCUAGACCAACUAAUGAUGGUUCUAACGAUAUAGCUACAAACAACACGCCUUCACAUUCAGGUGGGUUAAGUGCUGGAGGAUCCGUCGCCAUUGGAAUUGUAGUUGGUUUUAUUGUCCUCAGUUUUCUUGUUAUGGCCGUGUGGUUUGUACAGAAGAAGAAGAAGAAGAGGGAAAAAGGAUCAAGAGGUGGUUAUGCUGCUCCUUCUCCAUUUACCUCAUCCCACAAUUCAGGUACCUUAUUCUUGAGGCCACAGUCUCCAGCCAACUUUGUAGCAGGUAGUGGAUCUGGUAGUGAUUUUGUGUAUUCUCCAUCAGAAGCAGGUGGAGUAAGUAGCUCGAGAUCAUGGUUCACGUAUGAAGAACUUAUCCAAGCUACAGAUGGAUUUUCGGCACAAAAUUUGCUGGGAGAAGGUGGAUUUGGUUGUGUCUAUAAAGGUUUACUCGUAGAUGGAAGAGAAGUAGCUGUGAAACAGCUCAAAAUAGGUGGUGGGCAAGGGGAACGUGAAUUCAGGGCAGAAGUUGAGAUAAUCAGCCGUGUGCAUCAUCGUCAUCUGGUUUCCUUGGUUGGUUACUGUAUAUCUGAACAUCAGAGAUUGCUUGUAUAUGACUAUGUUCCCAACAAUACUCUUCAUUACCAUCUCCAUGGCGAAAAUAGACCAGUUCUGGAUUGGCCUACCAGAAUCAAGGUUGCUGCUGGUGCAGCUCGAGGAAUAGCUUACCUGCAUGAAGACUGUCAUCCACGCAUUAUUCAUCGAGAUAUUAAGUCAUCAAACAUCCUUCUUGAUCUCAACUAUGAAGCUCGACUUGUGCUGCUGCAUCAGCAUCUCAGACUAUUUUCUUUAUUGGGACAUUUUGAUCAUCAGGUUUCGGACUUUGGGCUUGCAAAACUGGCAUUAGAUUCAAAUACACAUGUGACAACACGAGUAAUGGGAACCUUUGGGUACAUGGCACCAGAAUAUGCAACAAGUGGGAAACUAACGGAAAAGUCUGAUGUAUAUUCCUACGGUGUUGUGCUUUUGGAGUUAAUUACGGGUAGGAAGCCUGUAGAUGCAUCUCAACCAAUCGGUGAUGAGAGUCUGGUUGAAUGGGCUCGGCCUUUGUUGAGUGAAGCACUUGAGAAGGAGGACUUUGAAAUCUUGGUGGAUCCAAGACUGGGAAAGAACUACGACAGAAAUGAAAUGUUCAGGAUGAUCGAGGCUGCUGCAGCCUGCGUACGCCACUCGUCGGUGAAGAGGCCACGGAUGAGUCAGGUGGUGAGAGCUUUAGAUUCCUUAGACGAGUUUACGGAUCUGAAUAAUGGAAUGAAACCGGGGCAGAGUUCGGUGUUUGAUUCUGCACAGCAAUCUGCACAGAUCAGAAUGUUUAGAAGGAUGGCUUUUGGGAGCCAAGAUAGUUCAAGUUUCUUCAAUGAGUCUCAGAGUAGCUGGAGGAGUAGAGAUCAGCACUCAGCAACCAUGUUUUCCCAAAACAAAACUGGGUCUUGUAAUGUUUGAGUCUCAUGACUCACUCACUGUUAAGGGAUUGCACAAAUUUUGAUUGAUGCACAUGACACAACACAGUUUUACUGGUGGGACAUCAUGUAUAAUGGUGUAAAUCUCGUUUUUACUAUUUUUGUUCUCAUUUUCCUAACAUCAUGUUGCUUUCUAAGGCCCUUUCCAUUCUUUGUAAAUUAGGUUAUUUGUUGCGUAAAGCAAUGUAUUUAUUUAUGUAAAAUACUGUGUAUGAGUUCUAACACUUCCCAAUCUAACACCGCAUGAAAUCACACUUUGCGCA